AUGACACAACCACCAACCGCAAGCCCACGUCCACGUCCACGUCCGCUCCUGUCCAGACGGCUAGAUACGCUCUACGUCGUCUACUUUUCCAUCCACCUGGCAGCGAGCGUGCUCAUCGACGCCCAGCUGAGCCUGGUACCGUACACGCCGCGCCUCUACCCGGCUCCCGUGCGCGCCGCACUGUCCUUCUACCUCGAGGCGUUCAAGGAUCCCUUUCUCCUCGCCCUCGCCCGCCAGGAUGCGGCGUACACGUGGUUCCACGCCCUCGUCGUCAGCGAGGUCGUCGUCCAGCUUCCCCUCUUCGUCGUCGGCAUCGUCGCUCUCCGCCGCGACGACGUGCGCGUCUACCCGCUCCUCGUCGCCUACGGUACCCUCGCCGCCUCAUCGACGAUGCAGUGCAUAGCAAGCCUCGUCUUUGGCAACGACGGCAUCGGACUGACGCCGAAAGAGGUACUCGGCCUCCUCCAAAACUACGUGCCCUUCUGCAUCUUGCCAGCCGUGCUGUGCGUAGACAUGUCGAUGAGGAUCAUCCGCCUCUUGCCCUCUCCGCCGUCGCCCGCGUCGCAGCACAAAAAGGAUCGGUAG